AUGUCUCUUCUGAGCAGAGGAUCAAAAGCGGAUUCGCCUUAUGAUUCUGGACCUCAGCUUUUGAGGGAUGUAUGGGGUCUUACAGCCGUUGCUAUUCUCGUGGUGCUUCUGAGAUUCAUUGCGAAAUUGCGAGUUGCGAAGUUUGGGCCGGAUGAUAUACUCAUGGGCUUUGCACUGUGUUUAGCGACGGUCGGAUCUAUCAUGACCACCCUCGGCAUCAAGCAUGGGUUUGGACAACGGGUAGACGAUAUUGACACUUCCAUUGUCCCAACUGUCAUCAUGUUUGACUACCUUGCACAAACAUUUGCGCUGGCAGGCGGGGCAUUAGGCCGGGUUUCGUUCAUCGUUUUUGUCAUCGGAAUACUCGUUUCAAGACACUGGCACAGAGUGGUCUUUUGGGGACUUGUGGCGAUGCAGCUGGUAGUAAAUUCGAUGUUUAUCAUCAUAUUGUUUGUGCAAUGCCCUGGCCAUGCAUCAGCUAUUUGGGAACAUUCGGACAAAUCGAAAUGUUGGAACACGCGAGUGCAGGCUUACUAUGGAUACUUCCAAGGAGCCUUCAAUUCAGCAACCGAUCUCUAUCUUGCUGUCUUUUCAACCUGCGUAUUCUGGACCUUGAACUUGAAGUUAAAAGUGAAGCUGGGAUUGGUCACUUUGCUUGGGCUAGGCAUUUUUGCAAUGGUCGCCGCUAUCAUCCGAACGGUCCAGACACGCGUCCUCGCAUCCUACGAUAUUGACCCGACAAUUGCCACAGUCGACUACGAUCGCUGGCUGUACAUUGAGACAUAUCUUGUUAUAAUUACGGCUUCGGUGCCGUUUCUUCGGUCAUUAUUACGCUCAACGAAGAGUCAACCUGCAAGCUGGAAUACUCAUGAGCUAAGCUCUCCUUACGCGGUCGGCUCGAGUAUGCACACAGCUCGGACCAGAAAGCGUGAAUCUUCAAUGGACGGGACACGGAUCAUGGCUGUUUCUGAAGCUCAUGCGAGCAAUGAUGCUUUUCACAGCGAUGGUCAUGAUGAUAUACACGACUCGGGAUACUCAAGAGAAUCUGUUAUAAUUUGUGUUUGA